AUGGCCGAAAAGAAAUCAGACAGUGUCCAUUUUGAUUUGACACUGAGUACCCAGCCUGAUCAUUCAGAACUUGUGUCCCAGAAAGAUGAAUCCACUUCCUUUUCUGGUAAAGAGUUCGACGAUAUCAGGCACACAUCCAGCGAUAACUACAAAGAGGAAAAUGAAAUAGAUAAACUGGGACCGAAUGACAGCCAAGAUGCUUCAAACUCGGGGAAGUUUUCCCAGAGCGGGGAUAGUUCCACAUCCGCGCCAGCACACUUAGAUACGCCUGCCAGGAAGUCCAGAAAAGAGAACAAAAGGAAGGUCAAAGAUAGCACUUCUCAAAACACGCAGAAUCACCAUGGUAACGGCGUCCUUCCAAACAAACAGGCGGACGAUGAAGCUGCAGAGAUCACAGCUCUUGUAGACCGAGCAACGAAAAAAUUACGUAAUCUACGAAUGAAAGAGUUAUCUGGUCACCAUUCCAUGUCCUUGACAGGAGAGGAGGCCGAUUGGAAGCUGCCAUUGACCAUAUUCACCUCCAGGAGACAAGAACACCUGGAUGAUAAACCAAAACGUGUUAGAUCCUUCUAUGAGAAACAAAAUGACCUAAUCUCAGCUUACGAAACCCUGGCAUUGGGCAUCGAACCUGCAGACGCAGAGAUUCAGUCCUUGAACCUUCAGAGCACCUCCGACAAGGCGCUUUUAUAUUCAAAGAUUACUCUACUCGUAAACGUAGUUCUACUGAUAGCUAAAGCUGUAGCCAGUGUUCUGUCGGGAUCCAUUUCUAUUAUUUCCAGUUUAGUGGACUCUUGUCUGGAUCUCUUCAGCGGUAUCACCAUGUGGUGGGCCACUCGAUCAGUCAGAAAGAGAGAUCCGUACAAUUACCCACAAGGACGUACCAAACUGGAGCCGGUUGCAGUUAUGGUGGUGGCCGUUGUCAUGGGUCUGUGCUCAAUGCAGCUGAUCCGUGAAGCCAUAGAAAUGAUCAUAAGCUUGCUGGGUGAUAAUGCCACGUUACCAAAUGUCGAUUACAUCACUUUUAUUAUUGCUGGAAGCACGGUUGUUGCAAAACUUAUCCUCUGGUUAUUCUGCAGAAGAGUCAAUUCUCCCAUUGUCCAAGCUUUAGCCCAGGAUCACAGAAACGAUGUUCUUUCCAAUGCGGUUGCCAUCAUAUGUGGCUAUUUAGGGUCGUCGAACUUCCUUGAAAUAACUGACGAGUACGCGUUUUCAUACACUGACCCUACCGGUGCCAUCCUGAUUUGUUUGUACAUCAUCUACAACUGGUGGCAGACAGGGUCUGAACAGAUCAAGAUGUUGACAGGCCACACGGCAAAACCUGACUUUCUGAGUCAGCUGACGUGGGUCUGCAUCAACCACCAUCCGAAAAUCAAACAUAUUGACACAGUCCGCGCAUUCCACUUUGGAAACAACUUUCUUGUCGAGGUUGAUAUAGUCCUACCUGAGAAGAUGACCCUGGAGGAGGCACACAAUAUCGGAGAAACGCUUCAGCAACGAAUCGAAGGGAUGUCCGAGGUGGAGAGAGCAUUUGUCCAUCUGGAUUACGAAUUCCGUCACAAUCCUCAAACGGAGCACAAAACUGUGUAA